AUCUAAUUUUAUCCAGAUAACGCUGAAACGAAAGUGAAAGUAGGAAUUUCAAUGACACGUUUUAUUUGCAGAAUUCAAGCGUAAUUUCCCAUAAGCACUAAUACUCGCAUCAUAUCAACAUGAGACGUGAAAGCAGACCAAGAAGCAUUUUUCAAGAAUGACCGAAGUUCACUAAACCCUAUUCAAAGUGCCCAAAGUUUUCCAGUGCUCUUUACUACUUCUAACGGUUGGAUGUUAUCAGCCGCUUGUGCUGGUUGAUUGAUGCUGUUGUGUCUCGAAGGUUGUUUAGCUGGUGUUGACCCCUUUGAAAAAUAGCAAAGUAUUUCAACGAAGGCAAACAUUAAGAAGAUGAUGAAGUUGGACUUUAGAGCAAUGCUGGAUUUUUGCAAGCUAGCUUCCUCCAGUGAUUCAGUAUAACCCUGGGACUUGAUUUUCAGAAGGCAUGCAAAGCGGAUGUCUGUGGCAAGAUUCACUUCGGAAAAACUCAGAACCAAGACAUUCAUCAGCUCCAAAAUCACGUAAAACAAUGAGCAGUUCACGUUAUGUAUUGAGGAUAGGACGUGGCUACAGAGAUGACAACCAGAAAGACAACUAUCGUCUGGAAUUAAGAGUUACAAAACCAUACACAUCCACCGACGAUCAUCAUCAAAAGAUGACAAGAAAUGAGACUCACUUCUGUUUGUCAUGCAGACAAUCAACAACAGAAGACAAGAGUUACUUCGCUCGAUGUUGUUGCAGAACGCUGCAUUUCCUAUGUCAGGACUGCUACAUAACAAGAACGACUUUUCUCGACGGUUGGCCAAUGCAAUGUUGCAGCACAGUUUUUUACAAAAAUUGUUUCAAGGUUCCAGAUGCUAUCAUUAACCAACAGCAACCAAACUGCGACGCUUGUUUGCUAUAUGAGCCCAAGUACGCUUUGCCCUGUGAACACAAAAUCUGCCUUACUUGCUAUAAAAAAAACCUAUACGUGAAGCUGAUUGAUACAGAUACCGGAGCAAAACAACAAUGGUGGAUUAACUGUGAUAUUCAUGACAAGAAUCAUCUGUUUACAAUCAAACGUGUACAUACGAUGGCAAGGGAAAACGGAAGGUAUUUAAGACGACUUGGAUGUGUCGAGUGUAGAAAACAUAUUGUCGGAAACUGCGUUCGAUUAAAAUGCAAUCACUUUGCAUGCGAGCAAUGCAUUAAAAGAGGGUUACAUAGAUGUCCAAUGUGCGAUGAAGAUGUCCAAGGUGAAGAGGUAAACUUGACGGGAUCAGAACAAGACUUUCAAGAGUCAUUGUCACAAGUGGUAACAUUCAUCGAAAGUGAAAAUGAAAAUACACAAGUAAAGGAUCCUUUCUUUACUACGUGCACGUUCCAUCAAAAGAAGGUUUUUGCUGCACUUUCCUGUUCUGAAUUUACCUGUGUGUGUAUCGAGUGCAUCGCAGAUAUGGUUAUCAAUAAAGAUAAUUACAAAAUCAAUGGAUCCGAAUUGGUGAAAGAGUAUGCGAUAUGUACCUGUUCGAAACUCUCCGCAAAACACCUUCUUCCUGUUAAAUAUCUCAAAAUUGUUGCGUCACGUAAAGUGUACGUUAAAGAUCUGGAGUAUGGUUGCUGCAGUACAUGUUUAUGCUGGAAAGAGGCAUUACUUCAAAUUGAUGAUUGUGGCCAUUCAUACUGCAAGGGAUGUGUGAGAAGACUACUGGAUUCUAACGAAUCAGUCACAAUGCCAGUUACACAGAUACAUGGGGACCGACAGUUUGUCGUUUGUUCAGUAUAUAAUUGUCAAGGAACAAUUCCAUUAGAUCAGUUGAAUCAAUGCUACAAAACCAAUUCAACUGAAGAGAAACUGGAUGUAAAAAUUCAAGAAAACGUGUUCGAAAGGAAAGGUGUCCAAAAAGGAGAUCUGAGUUUGUCUGGUGAGGAACUGCCUAAAACGCCUGGCUUUAGAGGUCAAGGUUCAGCUGUUAGCGAUGGAACUCAAAGCAAUAACAGUCCUCGAACAAAGAAGAACGAAAAGGCAGCACAAGGAAAACUCAGCUUAAACAGGGAAGCGUCUAGCAGGGAUAAAGAGACGACAGCAAGAUCACCGGAAGAUAGACAAACUCCGUCCAUGUCACCUUCGACAUCAGUGACUGAAGAGAAAGACUUUGACAUGCUUGAGAAUACCUUAAAUGAGAAAGAUGGUACCUCACUCACUUUAACUCCUUCGGAUAUUACCCAUGAUACAGAAAGAUGUAAAAACCAUUCACCAAAGAACAAAUCCGAGACUUAUCUGAAAGAGAUGCCAACUUCAAGCUUUUGCAGUCAGGAUAAAUGUCAAAAAUUAAAGGAGGUUAAACAGAAAAUCCAUUUCAAAACCUCGAGCACGAUUGGCUGUUCGACGAUGAAUUGUAGCAAAGAGGCUGUCGUUACGUUUUGUGACUGCUGUCACCGAAAGUGUAUUGACUGUUUGCUUGAGAUGCCUGAAGAAACAGAAAAAGCGGUUUGUGGCAUUGGAUUUUGGAAUGUUUGUAAAACAGAAAUUCCAAUGCAGCCUCUAAAAGAGUACAUCAUGAACAUUAAGAAAAAAUCCGCUACUUAUCUCAAAGAGAAGCCACGUUGGGGAAAGUGUAGCCAAGCUAAAUGCUCAAAGACGGCUGUCGUUGAGUUUCGGGCAUGUAGUCAUCGCAUGUGUAACGACUGUGCAGCAGCGAAGGUAUCUGAAAGAAGAAGAACAAUGAUUUGUAAAGGCUUAAUUAAAUAUACGUUUCAUUGUACACAUGAAAUUCCAACCAAGAUCGUAAGAGAGUACCUGCAUAACUACGGUGAAGAAAAAAUGGAAUGGUCUUCCGUAGAAAAUAUGAAAGAUGUCUGUGACAAUCCCGACUGCGAAGCAGAAAAAUCUAUGAAGGGAAAUAUUCGUCAGACGUUAUCAUGUAAUCAUAGAUUAUGCAUUAUUUGUUUUUCGGCGCAAAAACAAAACAAAGGAGACGUGAUCAAAUGCAAAGUUCCAACAUGCACAUCUUCUCAAGGCAAAUCGAAAAUACAGACACCUUCAGAUAUCAAACCCGAAAUACUGGGUAUACCAAACAUUGGGUUAACUUGUUAUGCUAGCUGUGUGUUGCAAGUUCUCGGCCAGACUCCAGGAUUCAAAGAUAUUUUGAACAAGUACUGCUUCAGCAGUGGAGAGAAUCACAUGGAAACACUGUUGAAAAAGCUCCUAGAAAACGUCAAUGUUGGAGAAGAAAGUAAUUAUGUCCUGAACUGGAGACUGAUGGAACAACUCAUGGCGAGAAUAUUCCGGAUUGAUGAAUCAUUUCGAAGAUACCAGGAGAAUGAUUGCCACUCAUUCAUUAUGUCUUUAUUGAAUGCGUUGAUGAAAGAAGAGACAGAAAAGAAGAAGCACCCAGAAAACGCCGAAAAGACAAUCGGUUGCGACACAGACAGCGACGAAGCAACUGUGACAAAGAAAAGCACAGCAGAAAAAAUUGAUAGUUGCAGAUCAAAAGAGGUAGUAGCUCCACAACGCAAGAAGGAAAAAAGUUCCUGUCCUACUACACUGUUUGAAAGUCGCCUCACCAGUCUGUUUACUUACAACGACUGCUCACAUGAGGAAAAUGUCGAUGAUCAGCUGUUUUAUAGUCUCCUGAUACCAGUUAGGGAGGAUGUGUAUUCCCUUGAAAAUGGACUGGACGUGUUUUUCAAUAGAGAAGAGUUCUCACAAGGUGCUUUGCCAUGUCGAGAAUGUAACGUCCGUAGAGAAAAAACCAUCACAACUCGGUCUCUUCAGAUGUCAGAGGCUCCAAAAAUCUUGAUGCUGCAGCUAGCACGUUUUGAGGAGGUAUCCACUGUUGUGGACGGCUAUUUGAAGGAAUUGAGAAAGACAGAUCACCCAGUAAAGUUCCAAAUGACGCUGAGAGUCAACAGAGACUAUACAAUAGACAAGAAAGAGUUGGAGUACGAGUUGUACGGCGUUGUCUUACACCGUGGAAGCAUGCUUGGUGGUCACUACACCUCGUAUGUAAGGAAACAACACACCAACAGGUGGUUCUACUGUAGCGACUCCACCGUCCGUGAAAUAAAGGAAGAACGCAUAUUUCAAGAGGGGAUCGCAAGAAAUGCCUACGUACUCUUCUAUAGUAGAAAAACGUAAAUAUGUUCGCUGAAAAGGUUUUUUUUCUUGAAAGAAAAUAAGUAACAUAUAUGAUGAUGAAGAUGGUAUUCACGACCACGAGAUUGGGAAUACAGAACGACGGCAACAAAAUCUAGAAAUGUAGGUGUGUUUAACUAAACAAAAAUGUGUGUUUUGAAAUACUUUUCUAGACUCCGGAACUUUUAUAUAACCUG